AUGGCUACACCGACGCGCACCGCUUCGACCGCCGAGGAUGCUGUGGGGACGGGUGAUGCUCGAGGGACAGGUCUGAAGCGCAGGAAGGUGGAGGACGUGCAGAAGGGUUCAAAGGCUGCAGAGCGAAGACAAGCGCCUCCCACGCCUCCCUCUUCCUCCCGCCGACGCACAGCUUCUGCAGCAACGUCUUCCGCUACAUCACCCUCGCCCGCUUCUCCCAAACUCCUCGUCAAGCUAAACGGACGCGUCUACCGUCCCCGUUCGCCCGACGACUUGCGCACAAAGGCCGAACACGAAGCCGACAUGCUUCUCUCCGAGCCUAUCGAAACUGUCGAAGACCUCGAGUUGGAGAAGCGCGCUAAGAGACGAAAGGAGAUCGAGAUUGAGAUGCAGCGCGAGCGGAUGAGGGACGUGACGGAGAGUCCGUCCAACAAGGGGAAGGGGAAGGGCAGGAUGCUCGUCUACGACAGCGACGACGACGAUCUCGAUGUUGCGUUUCCUAAGAAGGCCAAGGCGCCGGCUUUCUCCCUCGCAACGCCCACCAAGUCGCCUCGUCUUUCGAGCGACAGACCCGUCACACCUCCUCCUCGCCCGUCGACCAAGCUCCCUCUCAGCCCUUCACCCUCUCUCGGUCUCCCCUUUGCAUUCCAGACGUCCUCGCCACGCACAUCUACCGCAACACCUCUCCCCGCGCCGCUCGCCUCGCUCCUCUCCCUCCACUCCGCCCUCGAACGCGCCCUAAUCAUCCACCUGUCGACUGCCGGCUCCACCAUCGCCUCAAGCAUCUCAGACGUCGACUCGGCAUCGAACGAGGCGAAAGUCAAGAUGGCCAACUUGAUCGACUUGCCGACUUUGACCCGCAUGCUCGAGAGUUCGGGCAAAAGGUUUGGCGAGAACGAGUUGAGGCGCCUCGUGUGGGUUUGGCAGGGUGCUGGAGGACUGUCGCGCGGCGAUACGGCCGACGAGCUCGGUGGAUCGCCGAGGGGACGGAACACGGUCGUCUUGGGUCGUGACGGCGAAGACGAAGUCGGCGGGAUGGGCUUCGUCGUGUCCCGCGCACGCGUCGCCUCGACCUCCUCCUCGGCAGGCCCUCGCGUCUCGCAGACCUACGGACUGGGCAUCUCCGUCACGCUCCGUACGAACCCGCAACUCCCGAAACUCGAGCUCGUCUCGCCUUCGAGCGGAAAGAGGCGGAACAGCGCUGCGCCGCCCAGCCCUAGCAGUGUAGGGAAGGGCAGGGACGGGAUGAGUAUCGUCGCGUUGUGGACGCAGGGGAAGGAGCAGAGGAGGAAGGAGGUCGAGCGGAGGUUGCGAAGGUGGGCUGAAAGGCAGGUCAAGGCCGAAGAGAUGGACGAGGACGAGCCAGACUCGAUCCGCUUCGGCUCAACCGACAACAGAGUCCCUCUCGCCGCCCUUCCCCUGCUCACGCCCGCCGUCCCCGCCAUCCCGUCCACGACUACGCCAAGCCCAAAGAAGGCGUCUACUCCGGUGAUGCCCACGCCUGGACAGGCGAAGCUUCCGAUCGUCUCGCCCGCCAACUCCGUCGAUACGCUGCUGAAGGGCAAGCCGAUCAAAGCGAAGGGCGGGAGUGUCGCUGACCGCGACAGGGCGCGACGAGAGCGAAUCCAAGCGAAACAGGCGGCGCACCAGAAGUCCGCCUACCACGCCUCCUUUUCGGCCCUCUCCACGGGCGAGUCGUCGCCGACAAAGCGCUCGCUGAAGCGCCACGCCGGCCAACUCGACGGCUUCGACGCAGCAGACAGCAUCUCGGCGCCCAUCACGCCCCAGGACAUCCACAAGCGGAACGCGAUGAUGAGUCGGCUUGGAAGCGUUGCGGAUGUCGUUGCGAUGAGGCUCAACGGAAGGCCGAUGCUGUUUGAGGAGGUCUGUACGGCAGUCGCGAACAGCCCGCUGCUCUCGAUCGGUUUCGACGAAGCCGACCAGUCCAUCACCUUCCUCGCUCAACACUUCUCCGAAUUUUGCUACACCAAAAUGGUCGGUCGCGAGCGAUGGCUUUACCUACGCGGCGUACAGCGGGCCAUAGACAUCAAGGAGCUCGUGAAGGCGGAGUUGGCGAAGUCGGCGCAGGCGCUGCAGGCCAGUGCGUAG